UGCGGCCUGCGUAACCUCGGUGGCAGGGGCAUUGCUUUCUGGGAACCGCAACAAUGGCCGGAAUCCUGAGCUGUUUUGUUCUGCUGCUCAGUGUGUUAUCGAAUAUAACUCAAGCGCAGGUGGUGGAUUCAGUAAGCGCCGCAUCACUCGGUGGAGCACCAGUUGGCUUGUACGAGAAACGGCAGUAUCCAGCUCAGCCCUUUCCUCUGUUUGGCGGGUAUGGGUUUCCUUCCCCCUUCUUCCCGCAAUUAUUCCCUUUUCCUGGACUUUCCCCCUUCGGCCAGAGUGCGCCCCCGAUCCGCCCGAUUCGCCCCAGACCUAGACCGCCGCUCUUCCCACCUCUGAGGCCGACCGUUCGACCAAGACCUAGACCUCCGCCACCCAGGCCACGCCCCGUACCCAGACCACGCCCAGGAGUGAGACCACGUCUCCUCGGUGGCGUGCUGGGCUUGGAUGGAAUACUUGGAUGAAUAACUGGUGCAGUCCCGUCUGAGAACAAGGUCCUGAUGGAAGUGUAUGGAUGAAUGAGUGUACAAAAACUAAUAAAAAGUGAUGAACAAAG